AUGUAUGCAAUAAAGAUUCAACUCGUCCAUCCAAGCGAGGCAGUGAAGGUUCUACAGAGAGUGCGAGAGGUUCCAAACAAGAGAGUUUUUAACUGCAGCUUAGUCGACGUGAAAACGAAAGCCACCGACACAACGCAGUGUUUCAGCUCUGCCAACCCCAGCCUACUGCCCCACCAACAGUGCGAUUUCUCAAAACCGGAGGUCAACGGGACUUGGAUUUGUGAGAAACCGGACAAACUUCCGUGUUCCACCAUAUCAAAGUGCCGGUGGGAGUCUCACCACAGCGUGGUAAAGGUACUGGAACUGGUAUCUAAUGAGGAAAAGAAACUUUUCCAAAAGCCAUAUCUAGAGGAAGAACUUAAAGUAGACCCGAUGGAGACCAUUCAAAUCCUUGACGCAGAACCACCAACAGCUCAACACCUUCCAGCGUGUACCUGGGACAAGUCUGCAGCUUUGGGACAUUGGUCAGGCAAGGUCUGGACGUCAUCCGUCUGCAAUGUCCGAGUGUUCGCCCAGAAUGACAUCCAGCGGUGCCUGGCAAACAAGACCGUAUACAUGCAAGGUGACUCCACGAUUAGACAGUGGAGCCAGCGUUUGCAGGAGGUAGUACCGCUGUACUUCAGUACCAUGAAUUACUUUACAGGUCUUCAUGGAGGAGACAACAGCCAGUGGAAUAUUUCUGUCCGUUGCCGGUUUCACCACAUCCCCAUACAGACAGGAACUUGGACUAUCUUUUCUGACUUCCGUUACGUUGUUGAUGAGCUGAACGCUACUCCGGGAGGCCCAGACACCGUAAUAGUCCUAGGUCUGUGGGCUCACUUUACGGCAGAGCCGCUAGAACUGCUCUGGUCCAGACUGUACGCUAUACGGGGUGCCAUACACCGUCUCGUGCGCAGGAGCCCCGGCACGAAGGUUUUCGUGAGAACGGGAACAACGCGAGAGCACGGAGGAUGGUUGGCGUACUACCUGCUAGGAAGCGACUGGCUGGCUUACCAGAUCACGGAGGUGAUACGAGAGAUGUUCCGGGCGGAUCCAGACGUGGUUGUGUUGGACACGUGGGACAUGAGCGUGUGUCAGCCGGGAAAAGACAACGUGCACCCAGACCAAAACAUGGUGGACAGUCAACUCAACAUGCUGCUUUCUCAUAUCUGUCCAAACUAG